AUGUUUGUAAAGGGAAUGCCUUUUAAAGUAUCCUUUUUCCUGUGGAGAUUGUUUAAAUUCAAGCUUCCAGUUGAUGAUGUGGUUAAAAGGACGAAAAUCUCUAUAGUUUCUUGUGGUAGAUGUUCCCAACAUCCACAACAUGAAGAAACUGUGCCGCAUCUAUUCUUGACUGGUGAAUUUGCUAUGGCAAUAUGGCAAUAUUAUAAAGGAGCAGCAGGCAAUGCCAACCUUUGUUUGUUGGCAGCUUUGGAAGAGGAGGAUUGCAAUAAUGAAUGGGGUAAUAUGAGCAGAAGCAAAUUGAUAUAUGAUAUAAAUCUGAACCUACAUAAUCUUGUUUGUACACUGUAUCCUUGGCUGAGAGAUGUGCCUCAGAAUUGGCCUCAAAUAGUGCAAUUUCUGGAGGGUUACAAAGCUAAGGUAGGUUGCAGACUUGUGCAAUGGAAGAGUCCAAAUACAGGCUGGUAUAAGUGCAACGCAGAUGGGGCCUCAAGGGGUUAUCCUGGUGAAAGUUCAGCUGCCUAUUGUGUAAGGAAUGACAGAGGGGAUUUGGUAUAUGCUGCAGCAACGAGAUUAGCCAACACCACUAAUAUUUGUGCUGAAGCCACAACAAUUUCUGAUGGCAUAGAAUGUUGCAUUACUAGGCAGCUAACUCCAGUUAAUAUUGAAACAGACUCUUUGUCCAUGCUGAAUAUCAUUGAAGGGAAUUGGGAGAUGCCCUGGAAGAUUAGUUUGGAAGUGAAGAAGAUUAAACAUUGGAGUUCCAUGGGACAAGUGCAGUUUGCUCACAUCCUAAGGGAGGGCAAUGCACUUGCUGAUUUUUUAACUAACAGUGUGUUUAAUGUUACAUGUACUAGAAAGAUCCAUAGCUAUCAAGAACUAGUGCCAGAAGCAAGGAAAAUACUAAACAUCGACAAGUCAAUGAUGCCUUGCUUCAGGUUCAGGACAUAUAAGGAAAGAGAACCAGAGUGA